AUGCCUUACUCAGUCGGUCUUCAGGCUGCAGGCGCCGCUCUCCUCUCUGCAGGUCUUCCUGUUCUAUUUACAACGGCUAUUAUAGUCCUUCUUGUUAUAAUCUCCAUCACUUCGUCUUUACAAAAGGAUGUAGCUGACGCGCCUGCGCGUCUACCCAUCUAUUCUUUCUUUACUAUCAUUCCGUUCUUUCGCCGUCGCUUCGACUUUUUGAACUGGGGAUUUCAAGCAACGGGGCAGUCAGCGUUUCAAUUCGAUCUUUUACGAAACAAAGUCGUUGUCGUGUCCGGGGAGUCUGCUAGACAGGCGUUCUUCACUGCGAAGGGACUCGACCUCACUGAGGGGUUUAAAAUUCUUUCCGGCGCAAUUCCCAUGGUUCGAGGAGUGACCUCCGAUCUUCAAACAAAGAGGAUAUCGUUGAUCCAUAAACGUUUGGCUGCUGUUCAGAAAAAUGAGCAGCUCAGUAUGCUCAUACGGCCGAUGUUGGAAGAUUCUCGGAGGUUGAUGGAUUCAUGGGGAAACUCUGGUUGUUUUGACCCCUUUGAUAACAUUUACGAGCUUGUUUUCCAACUGACUGUGCGGUCGUUAUCAUGUACUGAAAUUUCCGAUGACCCUUGCCUUGUUUCGCGCUUGAAAAAGCUCUACGAUACCCUCGAUGUUGGGACGACUCCAGCGACCGUUCUUCUUCCUUGGCUUCCGACCCCUGCUAUGGUGAAGAAGCUGUGGGCUACAAAAGAGAUCUAUGAUAUCGUUGUCGCAGCCAUCACCGCUCGAGAACAAAGCGGAGUCUCGAAGAACGAUACACUUCAGAUGCUUUUAGAUUCUGGUGACGAGAAGUUGGUUGUUGUCGGGUUCAUAAUGGGUCUCUUAAUUGCUGGUGCUAGAGCCACGGGUACCACGGCCUGCUGGAUGCUCACAUUUUUGGGAGGGCAUUCUGAGUGGCGUGACAAAGCUAAAGCGGAAGUGGAAGGUCUUCUGGCUUCGCAACAUUUAUUCCAAAACUCUACAAUCGACUCCUUGUCCUCGCAGAUGGCCGCGAUUCCCCUUGAGACCUGGGAAAACGAGACUCCUGUCCUCGAUUCCAUCAUUCGUGAGACCCUUCGAAUCGCUCAACCCCAUACUGCUAUGCGUCGAAAUCUCGGUCCCGAAAUGCAUAUCGAUGGCAAACUCAUUCCAUCUGGCUCCUAUGUCGUGUAUCCCUUCAGCGACGUCCAUCUAAACCCCGAUAUCUAUCAUGAUCCUUGGAAGUUCGACCCAAACAGGCAACCGGAGACGAAGUCUGCGUAUAACUACGUAGGUUGGGGAGGAGGGAAGACCACUUGCCUCGGGCAACGCUUGGCGAGAGUAGAACUCAAGAUCGUCACUGCGCUAUUCCUUCUGGGUUUCCGGCAUUGCAUUGUUGACGGUUCUGGAAAAGUCGCUCGGGAACCCCCUCUUCCUAAUUGGAAUGACAUUCUCCUCUGUCGGCCACCUCAAGGCUCGUUUAGAGUGAGGUACGAACGAUCAGGCGCUGUGCUAUAA